AUGUAUCGACGAUCCUACAAAUUGAUCUCGAGACGCGCGGUUCUAGCUCGUCGAGUAACUGACUUGGUCCCAUAUGGGAAGCCCUCGUUUCUUCACUCACCGACUUCACAAUUCCUCUAUCUCCCAUACCGAACUGAUCCCGAAUUGCAAUUACAGUUCCCGACUCACUCGAGAAGAUACUCUACUCACUCAGCGUCGGAGGUGGAUGUUGACAGGGAAGUGGACAUGAUAAACCUCAAGUUUGCGGAGGCCAGAGAGGAGAUUGAGAUGGCUAUGGAGUCCAAAGAGACCGUCUAUUUCGACGAAGAAGCAGAAUGCGCACGCGCUGCGGCGAAGGAAGUCGUCGACAUGUUUGAGGGGCUUCUGGGCAAGCUUCCUGAGGGUGACAAGGCGGCAUUGCAGCGAUCCAUGGGGCUCAAGAUUGAGCAAUUAAAGGCUGAGAUUAAGCAGUUGGAUGAUUGA